AAAUUUGCUUGUUUUCGAUUUGAUUAUUUUCGUCAAUCACGAUCCUAAUCGCGAAAAAUCUAAAAUGUAUUUUUUAAAAAUUGUGUAACAAAUACUUGUUGAAUUGACAUUGAAACCGUAAAAAUGUCUAGCGACGAGCUCCACGAGGAGAUAGUAGAAAUCGUAGAGGACGACAGUUUCAAUUUUAUUGCUGAAGAUUCGGAUUUAACAUGUACAAUUUGUCAAGCUGAAUUUUUGGACCCUGAAGAUCUUAAUAUACACAUAGAUCAGGUCCACAAGGUAAAAGGGACGAAGAAAUGUUAUUUUUGCCCCGAAAAGUAUACAGAUUUAAUGGAUUUCGCUGAACAUUUUCGAGAUAAACAUCUUGCAAAUUUGUUCUACUGCUUGUAUUGUUUACGGUCAUUUAAAGACGAAAAGGAGUAUAAAUUGCACGAUAAGAAACAUAAACGUGGUACUAAGUCGACGUACUGGUGCGCUAUGUGCAGUGAGAAGUAUGGGAGCCUCUGGGAUUUGCGCAAACAUGAUUUGAUCUAUCAUGAAGAUAAUAACGAGGGUUACUUGAUUCAAAACCUGCUUCCGUACUUGUCAGCAGUAUUAAAAGUUAAAGCAGUAACCGCGUUACUCUCUCAACAUAAGCCAACCGUGCACACUUGUAUGUGUUGCCAUUAUACGACAACGGAAUUAGAAGAUAUAAUAACACAUUCACGGAAUAAGAAAUGUAAAUGCUACGUCUGCUACAUGUGUACAAAUGUCUUUAAAGAUAAAUCUUCUUUGCAAAUGCAUUUGGAGAAAGUUUGCGAAAAGAGGAAACCGUACGGAAGGGUUGAAUGCCCAGAUUGUAAGGUUAUCUACAAUUCCUUAGUUUACUCCAAGCAUAAGAAAGUUUGUAAGAUCAUCAAGUGUUCUACUUGUGGUACGCAAUAUCCUUCAAUGUACGAGCUGUCCGAACACCAAUCUAAAGACCAUCCGUUGUCCGCAGAAUUAGCAACUUGUAAGUUUUGCUGGAAACAUUGUGUUGGGACAGUUGCGUUAGAGAAACAUAUGGAGAGAGCACAUAAACCUUACUUGCAUUUGUAUAAGUAUUUGUGCAUCUACUGUAAGACACCUUUUAAGCAUCCGCAGAAGUUGUUUGCGCAUUAUUUUACUACGCACAGAGAUUUAGAGCCUUACACUUGUACGAUUUGUUCGAAAACAUUCAGAAUACGAAAGCGAUUUACUGUUCAUAUUAAACUUCAACACAAAAGCGUUGGUUUUGUUGAGUUUGAUGAGAACUACCAUGUUUUUUUUACUGAGAAGAAGUCAGAAAAACCUUUUAUACCUAAAAGUCUGUAUGGGGAUGAGAAUGAGAAACAGACUGUGGUAGAAAACACUGAGGAUACGGACUUGACUCUAUUGAACAUGAAUUCGGAAAUAAGUAUAUCGGAAACUGAAGGCAAUCAAACUGAAACUGGCUUAUUAGUGCCCAGAAAACGUAAAAAAGGAACUCCCAAAGGUCGAAAAAAGGCCCAGGGUACUGUAACUACAUUAUCAUCGGACGAUGAACCUCAAGAAGUUUCAAAAAAGAAAACCAAAUCUUCCCGGAAUACUAUGACUACUAGUUGGAAGAAAAAACAGCAAGCGAUAAAUAAAAAGCGCUUUACUUGCACAAUCUGUAAUAAGUACUGCUAUACAUACCAAAAUUACAACCACCACAUAAGUCUUCAUUCGAAAAAUGAAUACAAAAAGUGUAUAAAGUGCUCCAAAGUGUUCCGGAGCAAGGAAAAGUUGAACAGACAUAUGAAUAAUGAACACUCAUCUUCUAAAUUAACUGAUACCCUUAAAACUAUGUUGGAGAAAAGGAAAAAGGGUGAGACUAUGUCCGACAGCUUACCGAUGUCAGAAAAAUUCAGACGGACCAUUAAAAAGGUUGAAUGCCAAGACACAGGACCUGUAGCUAACAUCAAACAAGUUGAAGACGGCCUUUCAGUGCAAAAGUUUAUUGAGAAUUUCAUGCCUGAAACAGAAAACAGAUCUGAAAGCCCUAUAGAUAACACUGUUAUAGUUAAAAUGGUUAGUGGAAUUGAAAAGGAACCGGUAAUAAAAAUGACCAAAUUUAAUUUCAAACCGCUGUCAGAAGCCACGAAGUUAGCUAUGCCAGUAAAAUUCAAAUCCAACCAAUUUGAAAGGACUUUAGCUACCGUACGUUUAGUACAAGCUGUUUCGAUGUACCAAGAAGACAAUCAGGACCACGACAGCCAGUCGUACAACGAAGAAAUUGACAGGAAUGAUUCAAUACCAGAAGUUGCAGAGGAAGUAAUGCUUGAAGGAACUGAAGAGACGCCAAAUUCAUCACAGAUACCGCAUAAAAUUGUCAUACCUAAACUCCCAACGAUGUAUAAGGACCUAAAGAUUGCUCAUUUACACCCUCAAGCACCAUAUUAUAAGAUAGUGCCAGUAAAGGAUGUUUUGAAAGCAACGGAGAAGGCCGAUGUUAAAAAGGAUACAAGCAAGAAUACUAUAAAAUUGCCCGACGGGACAAAAUUGAUAACGACGAAUCCAUUAGCCCAUUUAAUAGACAAUAAGGAGAUUGAAAAAGUUAUGGAACCCAUGAAGAAUAGGUAUUACAAAUAUAAAGAGAGGGAUUUGCCCAAAAUGUUAGUGGAAGCUUUAAGUAAUUUGGACAAACCGUUGGUGCGAAAGAAGAAGGUAAUCGGUGAUAAUUAUUCUGAAGCUAGCAACUAAAGAGCUAAAGUUAGUAACUUUAUUACGAGAUAAAGCGGCAUACGUGUGGAAGAGCUAAG